CUACUAGGCAGUAAGCCUCAAAAAUGCUUCUAUCAUCCUAAUGAAUUGUGUGUUGGAUCUCACUCAAUUUGUUGUCUAUACAUGCAUCGUCAUUUAUAUCUUCCUAUCUUAGUUGCUGAUCUAAUAUCCUUUCUAUUGAACCAAAUGCAUGUUAAGCUUCCUCGUCAACUGUAUCAUAGUUUUGUCUGGACUAUCUAG